AUGCCGUACUGUCGAGGUGGAGUCUCCAACAUCUGCAUAAAAGCUAUGGAGAAAGGUUUCAUUAGGCUGGCUGGGGGUCAGUACUCUCACGAGGGCCGUGUGGAGAUCUUUCAUGAUGGCGUUUGGGGGACUGUGUGCGAUGACGGCUGGGAUAUGAACAAUGCCCACGUUGUGUGUCGACAGUUACAUUUCCCAGGUGCAAAGGAAGCUCUGGUAUCCUUUGGCAGUGGGGAAGGCAACAUCUGGAUGGAUAAUUUAGCCUGUGAUGGGACGGAAACAAAACUGCAUCAAUGCCAAUUCAGUGGGUGGGGAGUCAAUAACUGUAAUCAUGGUGAGGAUGUUGGCGUUAGAUGUGAAAAGGGGCCAGAACCUAUUAACACGGAUCCCGGCAAUGAGUUCUCUUUGGACCUCAACACAAACCUCUCUCAUCAGCUUGGAGAACUGUUUGACAGUGGAUGGGACUGUGACUUGAACAUCACAGUGGUGGUGGACAACAACACUGUCAAGACAAUCUGUGCUCACAGGAUCAUCCUCUCUCUGAACUCAUUUCUCAAAACCUCACAGCCAGACUUCAGCAGCCUCAGCAUUGAUGUUGACUUUAACUGCAGUCAACACGCCAAUGACUUUGUCAGAUACUUCUACACAAGAAAGAUUAAGAUGACACUUUCCUCAGCCUAUUGCAUUCUCAAGAUGGCACUGGACUGGGGUCUUAAAGAAAUUCACAAUGAAGGAGCACAUUUUUUCCGAUUUUUUCUCCCAAAGGACAUCAAUCUCCACCAUCAAAAGUUUUUCUAUGAGUAUGCAGUCCAUACCGAUGAUGAAGCACUGCAGGAAGUCUGUCUUCACUACCUGGCUUGGAACUUUGAGACUCUGAUGCACUCCCCAGCCUGGACUGAUUAUCCAUUUGGCCUGGUCAAAGCUCUUCUGUCUCGCUCAGACCUUGUUGUACGUAAUGAAACAGUCAUCCUGAAUGGACUGGAGAAAUGGGCAGCAGCCCAAGGACACACAACCAUUCCUGAGAUCCUUUUCAAGCUCAUCCGUUUUCCAAUGAUACCAGCUGAAAACUUAUACACACUUGAUGGCUCACAGUACGAUGUAAGAAAGUUUCAGGGGUUUCAGUUCAAUGCCUUGCCCAUUAGGACACUGAUCAAUGUCCUGAGGGAAGAACAAAAUGUUUACAUAGCCAGGAUUUACACUGGCAGACCAUGGAGCUAUACCUUCAGCUCUCAAAGUAUCAGCUCUUACAAGGAUUUGGGGUUUCACCGUCUUCAAGGGAAGCGCAUCAAUACCCUGACAUCUGAUUUCCAAACACCUGUUCAUAACAGCGCCAGUUUUGCUUUUAACAGCAUGCGUUGGAAAACACAAGUAUUUCUCAGUGAUAAAGACUGUUCAAAUAUCUCUUGCCCUUAUUUUCCAGCCAUUGGUUUGAAGAUUCAAGAAAAGAACAAUGAUUUACCCAAAGACACAGAGCAACGUAUUUGUUACAAAAAAAUGCUUGUUGUAAUGUGUGAAGGGCAGUAUGUUUUUCAUGUUGAGGAAUUUAACAAUCAGGAUUUUGUAUCUGUUCCAAGCAGUGCCGAACGUGCCUAUCCAUGCCACUCAAACAAGUUGUCCUACCAAGUGGUGGUGCGUCCUCAAUUUUGUGCAUUUGACUUCACUCAGUGA